UUCAUUAGCUUGUGUCCUCCACACUCUCUAAUGGAAUCCAAUAAUUCACCUCUCAACCAAACAAAACUUGUGCAUCCAAACAAUAACCAUGAUCAUGAACAAAAUGCAACACUCGAGAUCCAAAGCGACGAGUUCGAUUACUCGAAAAGAUCACAAUGGCUUCGCGCCGCGGUAUUAGGAGCUAACGACGGAUUAGUUUCAACAGCGUCGCUAAUGAUGGGUGUAGGAGCAGUGAAACAAGACAUCAAAGCCAUGAUCUUGUCCGGUUUCGCAGGACUCGUAGCCGGUGCAUGUAGCAUGGCAAUAGGUGAGUUUGUAUCUGUUUACUCACAGCUUGACAUUGAAAUAGCUCAAAUAAAAAGAGACAAAAACAAUAUUGAAGAUGUUGUUGUUGAGAAAGAAAGUUUGCCAAAUCCUUUACAAGCUGCAGCGGCUUCGGCUUUGGCAUUUUCAGUUGGUGCAAUGGUGCCACUUCUUGCAGCGUCUUUUAUUAAAGAUUAUAAGUUAAGAGUAGGUGUUGUUUUGGUAGCAGUUAGUUUUGCUUUGGUUGUGUUUGGUUUGUUGGGAGCAGUGUUGGGUAAGGCACCUGUUUUGAAGUCUUGUUUGAGGGUCUUGCUUGGAGGUUGGAUUGCUAUGGCUAUUACUUUUGGGCUAACUAAGUUGAUUGGAUCAAGUGGGCUUUAGAUUUUAAUUAACAAUAUCUUUAUUAAGUAAGUGAACUAAUUAAUGUGUUUUGAUUAUCUCACUUUUCUUAUAAAUUGAUCACCUCUUUUUUUUUUAGGUUUUUGGAAAAAUGAGGUGGGAAUUAUAUAGACUUAAGUUGGCUUUUGUGUAAUAAAAAAUCAUAAACAUAAAUGGGCUAGGUUGUCAAAAAAAAACUUUUAUAUUAUGUAAUUGUCUUUACUAUAUUAUAAUAAACCUAGGAGAUUUUUAUUUAAAUAGUGCAUGGAUAUAUGUAAUAUGGCCCAUAUUUGUGUAUAUUUUCUUUAUUAUAAAAAAAAGUGUAGCAUUUGUACUA